GUUACCCGCGGAAGGUUUUCCUGGGUGCACUCCUCAUAUUCCGGUUGUCAUGGACACGGAACGAGUCGGCCUCUCUGCUGAAUGGAACAUCGGUGUUCGGGAGGGGGCGGAGCCCUGGAUACUGGAACACCCGCGGUUCAAGGAGAUGAUAUCAUUGGAUGUAGCUGACAGUUCUCAAGUAUAUUCUGCAUUUCUAGUAUACAUCGAUCUUAUAGAAGUGAGAAACUGGCAUGAUGUACAGAUUUUGGGCUCGUCUGAACUUCAUCUUGUUUACCUGCUUGGACAAGAGAAAGCUGACCAUAAGCCUCAGGUCAUAAUCCCCACGCCAGUCACCAUGUCAUGCAGCCAUGAGAGAAUUCAGCAGUAUCUGAAACUCGGCCACACAGCAGAAGAUGAAAAUGUAUCAUAUUCAACACUUUUAGGCAUUGUGGAAUCUGAUUCAACUAUUGUUUACUACAAACUGACAGACGGUUUUGUGAUCCCAGAUCCCCCAGACUUUGCAGAGUAUGUGGACAAUAAACGCUGGAAAAGGAAAAAACUUAGGUGCUUGAGAUAGCCAGAAGGUUAUACAGUGCUGAAAGAUUGUGUUUGUUUUUUGUUUUUUUAUGAUGGUGUCAUCAUUGUGCUUGGGAUGGGUAUAUCUCUAUUAAGGUAUUAUAUUAACACCA